GAUUACAAGAUCAGUCGCAGCUGAAUCCGCCAUCGUUCGAAUCAAACUAGAUCUGCCACGUCGAACUGGUCUAAAUGGCGAAAUGAAGCUUUGAACCUAAUUUCCAAUGGAACGACCAACAGCUGCAGACCUUCAAAACACUGUAGAAUCACAGAAGGAACAGAUCCAGAAAUAUGAAACGAGACUGCGAGAUGUUGUUAGAGCCUACAAAGGACUUGUUAAAGAAAAAGAAGCUCUUGAGGCAAGCUUGAAGGUUCUGUCUGUUGCCCCAAGAACGUGUGGUGAUCCUCGUGACUUCAGUGAGCCCCUCCAAUCUGGCCAGAUUGCAGCUGACCAGGGAAGCAGUGUCAGAGGAGAAAGUCAGGAUGAGGCAAGACAGAUCCACACUUUGUCCUCCUCUCUUGCAACUCUCACUGAGGAGAAGUCUCGUCUGGAGGCAAGCUUCCUUGAAGACAAGAAAAAAAUGAGGGACACAGUGUAUUGGCGCUGCAGACAUCAUCCCAGAGGUUGUCGAGCUACAGCUACAACACAGACUGCUGCCUUAGUGAAGUCAGACCAGAAGCACAACCACCAGAUUGACCGCCGUUCUUUUGAAGUUGCCAAAAUCGUGAACAAGAUGAAGAAAAGAAGCAGGGAAGAAGUGACUCCUGUUUCAGCUAUUUACGAAGAAGAGCUUGCAGGUUAUCGCAACAGUGAUUGGUCCAACGAGACAGAACAGCUGGUUGCCAGAAUGCCCAACUUCGAUUCCUGUUCGUCAUCCCGCUGCCGAAGCCUUGCCAAACUCCAUUCUCCACUGCCCAAGACAAAGACGACAUCAACCUGACUGGUGUGUGGCGUGAGAUUACAGUUGGAGAGAAUUUCAUCAUUGCUGACGACACCGACAUGAUCAUCCUGGCUACCCCAGAUAACCUCCGUCAUCUAGCUGCAGCAGAUACCUGGUAUGGAGAUGGUACCUUCAAGUCCUGUCCAAACCUUUUCAAGCAAGUCUACACUAUUCAUGCCUUCGUCAACGGUGAAAUGUUCCCCCUAGUUUAUGGAUUGCCUCCUGACAAGAAAGAGACAACAUACGUUCGGUUUUUUGAUAAGAUCAAGACGUCAUCACCAAUGCCUUUGACCCCACAUCGUGUUUUCAUGGACUUUGAAAACGCAGCUUGGAAUGGUGUAUCAUCAGUGUUCCCAGGUGUCCAGAUGAAGGGCUGCUUCUUCCACUUUACGCAACGCCUUACCCGGUUUUCCAGAGACAUUACAGAAGUCCACAAAUUCAUCAGACAUGCAGCAGUUUACCGUUUGUGCCAUUAGAUAGAGUAGACGAUGUGUGGGUUCAUGCUUUAGAAGACUGACCAUCAGAAGUAACCGACAUAGAUAAGUUUGCGGACUUUGUGACUGAGCAAUGGGUUCAGAAAGGUCGACAGACAUGGAACCACUUUGACACCCACGAUCUGCAGAUUCAACUCCAGACUCUGAAGACCAGAUAUCGAUAUGGUGAAAUUGAUGGUUUCAUGUUUCAUGUUCCUAUUUGAUAAAUGUUGACUUAUAAAUUAUAAGGGUCUAAAGUGUAAGUUCAGAUAAUAAACUGUAACAGACUAUAUCAA